GACCACUACACUCCCGUCCUUGGAACGCACAAGGAUCACCACAGGAGAACCCAUAUCCGUCCCGGCGCAAUCUCAGACAGACAGCCGAGUUGCAAUGGCAGCCGCAACCCUUCUAGGAUUCUGCCUCCGCAACCAGGUAGAGAAACUCAUCGACUAUAAGCUUCUGAAGACUGCGGCGCCAACACCAGUUCCCGAUGAUCCCACGUACGAGCCGAGCCGCGACGUCAGCGUCGUGGUCCCCACCAUCGACACGUCCGACAACUUUGUGGACUCGCUGGAAUCAUGGCUCGCCGCCGACCCUCUCGAGAUCAUCAUCGUAACCACGCCAGACCAAGUUUUCCGCGUCCAGUCGCUUUUGCGUAGCGUCAAGGCAACGGACCUGAUCGACCUGACCAAGCGAGUCACAAUCCACUUCGUCAAGGACGCCAACAAGCGCCAGCAGAUGGCCAAGGGCGCCGAGAAGGCGCGAGGCCGCAUCAUCUGCUUCGCCGACGACGACGUCAUCUGGCCCUCGCCGCGUUUCCUCAAGUCCAUCCUCGCCUGCUUUGAGAACCCCAAGGUCGGCGCCGCGGGCGGCCGCCAGCGGCCCCACGUACCGGCAGACCGGCGCGACCCAGCUGUCAUCACGCCGUGGGAGGUGGCGGGGGUGCGGCGGCUGUCGGGCGACAAUGGUGAUCAGGCGGCGGUGCAGGCGCUCGAGGGCGACUCCUUUGUGCUCACGGGUCGCACGGCGCUGUACCGGGUCGAGAUUGUGCGCGACGACACCCGCUUCACAGCCGCCUUUCUCAACGACACCUGGGGCCUCGACAUCCUGGGCUUCGCGCCCCCGCGCCCGCUCAACUCGGGCGACGACGUCUUCUGCACCCGCUGGGUCCAGGACCACGGCUGGGAGGUGGCGGUCCAGGCCGACGACGACGCCGUCCUGCUGGCGCACAUCCACCGCGACGCCCGUUUUGCUUCUCAGAUGGUGCGCUGGUGGCGCAACACAAUGCGCGCCCACUUGCGCGCCGUCUUCGUCAACGGCCGCGUCUGGGACGACUGGCGGGCCCUGCGCAAGAUCACGCUCGACUUCUUGUUCCGCCCGCUCAUCACCUGCCUGUUUCUCUACGCCUGGGUCAGCUCGCUGUUUGAGGCGCCGAAGAUCACGUUCUUUGUAACUCUCAUCUACAUCUUUGAUAUCCUCCUCGAUCUUGCUCGGUUCCUUAUCCAGCACCCGUACUGCGCGCACCACUUCUGGGCCGUUAUCCUCGCCGACUAUUCGUACCUUGUCCUGGAUGUUUAUGCCUGGUUCACUCUCGGAGAUCUUGGCUGGUUGACCCGCGAGACCCCUUCCGCCGAAGAGUGCUGGGAUAAGUUGGUUGACGAGAUCGAGGGCUACGCGGAGCGGGAGACGAACCUCUAGGUGAUGGUCCCAGACAUGAGCGCCUGGGAGUGGAGGGGUUAGCAGUACGGAGUUGUGGUUGGCCACGAUCCAGAUAUACUCCACAAUCCGAAUCCCUAGCAUCGCGUCCGUUGUUUACAUGCACAGAUGGGGGGCAAUUUCUGAGCACAAGACAUGGGCGGAAAUGGG